GGAUGACAUUUUGUGAUACCAUACCCACCGAUGAGAAACAAGAUGAGAAGAAGGCUUCAGGUAUAAAAAAUAGAAUUCCGUCAGAAAACUAAAAUGUAGCAAUACCAUCAUCUGCAUCUUUAUCUUCAUCUAAAAUGACUCGCAAUCCAUCUUCCCCGCCUUUCACCAUUCGCAGCCACCAACCAGGCGACAUGGGCUACAUAACGUAUCGACACGGAGCAGUCUACGCGCAGGAAUACAGCUUCAAUUAUCGCUUCGAAUCUUUGAUUGCAAGAAUCACCGCUGAUUUUCUCGACAACUUCAAACCCGACCUGGAAGGCUGCUGGAUUGCUGAAAAGGAUGGAUCAUUUCUCGGCUGCAUCAUGUUGGUGCAAGACAAAAAGCCAAAAACUGCAAAGCUACGAUUGCUAUUGGUUGAUGAGAGUGCAAGAGGUCUUGGUGUUGGAACGGCCUUGAUCCAGCAAUGCAUCAACUUCGCGAGAGAAGCGGGAUACGAGCACAUUGAUCUUUGGACGCAGAGCAUUUUGGAGGGUGCUCGACGAUUAUAUAAAAAGGCGGGUUUUGAAAUGGUUGAGACACUGAAUCACAAUGACUGGGGUGUGGAAUUGACAGGGGAGUUCUGGACACUGUCGCUGUGAGGGUCAGAGACUCUGACUUGAAUAUUUGACGUCAAGUUUGCUCGUUGAGGAUUUUUGUUGCUGGUGCUUGUCACCUUGUCUUGGUGUCGAACUGGCUUGGCCUCUGUGAAUGCUCUUUCACUUUCGGGCUCCAAUUAGGGUCGAAACAACACGGUGCAUACCGAAAUUCCGAUUAGUCCAGUAUGUCAUAGCGUGGAGUUAGCGUAGAGUAGGGGCCCAGUUCUUUGAUCGAAGAGGAAAUCUACAGUAAUGAGUCGUCUUGUGUCAUUAUGGACCUGGUAAAGAUAGUGGGUGAGACUCGAUUAAUAGUAGCUAUUCUAAGUAUGAGGACAAGUGUUUACGUCAGUAAGGACUGGCGGAUGUGUGGGAGACAUACAUGGGAUGCCGAGUCCCAAGUGGGAUACAUCGAGUGGGACAUACCGAGCGGGGUAAUUCAAGAUCCAGGUUAAGCAGAAUCAGAA